GCUAAACCGCAUUGAUUCCGGUCUGGUGCUGUUUAAUCUUGUUUUCUUUUGACUCAGCUGGAUCAUCAGGUGGCCGUUCAUCUAUUGUGCUCACAGCCUGAUCAAACUGAUCCCAGAGCUGUAUUUGAGCACCGCGGUCAGCUCCGAGCCCAGCCUCUUCCUCCUCCAGGCAACAGAGCAUCAACUGAUCACCAUUUCCUCCUGUUGUCUCUCUGUGCGACCCCUCCCCCUUUAUAUCGGCUCUUAUGAUAAAUCCCUCUUGUGUGCCAAUGACUGACAGACUUCAAAGGCUUGAAAAUCAGGCAACCAACUACACUCUCCAACACUUUGCUUUUUCUGGCUGAGCCUGCCUUGUCUGACGGCGGUGUGUGUGUUUUUUUCCUGGAAAGCAACAGUGUGAAGCGCUGAUCGGUCAGGGUUAGGUCUCCACAGCUGCCUCUCCUGGGUCUCUCCCACUGUAGCGAACACUGAAGCUGAUCGGCAUCUUUUUUUUUUCUCCCCGUUUUCUACUUUUGUAGUUUAAUCUUUGCAGCAGGAGUAGUCUAAAUCCAAGCCCCAGCAGCAUGUUGGAUCCGUCUUCCAGCGAGGAGGAAGGGGAUGAGAUAGUGGCGGUGGAGCAUAAAGAGGUGGCGGCCCCGAAGAGCCUCGGAGGAGCCCGUCUGUCCCCGGGCCGAGCCGCCGACGGCCACGGCAGCGGAGGGCUCCAACCCCGGGGCCGCGGGUGCGGCGGUGGCCGACCUUCCAGCCCCAGCCCAUCGGUAGGUAGCGACAAGGAGAAAGAGGAUCUGGAGAAGAUGCAGAGAGAGGAAGAGGAGAAGAAAAAGAGACUCCAGCUGUACGUGUUUGUGAUGCGCUGCAUCGCAUAUCCGUUCAACGCAAAGCAACCUACUGACAUGGCCAGGAGGCAGCAGAAGAUCAGUAAGCAGCAGCUGCAGACGGUCAAAGAACGUUUCCAGGCAUUCCUCAAUGGAGAAACCCAGAUUGUGGCUGAUGAGGCUUUCAUCAACGCUGUCCAGAGCUACUAUGAUGUCUUCCUAAAAAGUGACCGUGUGUCCCGGAUGGUGCAGAGUGGUGGUUGCUCGGCCAGCGAUUCUCGGGAGGUUUUUAAGAAGCACAUAGAGAAGCGGGUGCGCAGCCUUCCUGAGAUUGACGGCCUGAGCAAAGAGACAGUGCUAAGCUCCUGGAUGGCCAAAUUUGACACCAUCUACCGAGGUGAAGAGGACCCCAGGAAGCACCAACAAAGAAUGACGGCCAGCGCCGCCUCCGAGCUCAUCCUCAGCAAGGACCAGCUGUACGAGAUGUUCCAGCAGAUCUUGGGCAUCAAGAAGUUUGAACACCAGCUCCUCUAUAAUGCCUGUCAGCUGGACAACCCUGAUGAGCAAGCAGCCCAGAUCAGAAGAGAGCUGGAUGGACGAUUGCAAAUGGCGGACCAGAUUGCUCGGCAUGGCGGAAGGUUUCCAAGGUUUGCAUCUAGAGAGAUGGAGGCUAUGUACAUUGAAGAGCUGCGAUCCUCUGUCAACCUGCUAAUGGCCAACCUGGAGAGCAUGCCAGUGUCUAAGGGGGGAGAGUUCAAGCUGCAGAAGCUCAAACGAGGCCACAACACCUCCAUCAUGGACAUGGGCCAAGAGGACGAGAACACAUUGUCCAAAUCUGAUGUGGUGCUGUCCUUCACUCUGGAGGUGGUGAUCAUGGAGGUGCAAGGUUUGAAGUCAUUGGCUCCAAACAGGAUUGUUUACUGCACCAUGGAGGUGGAGGGAGGGCAUAAACUGCAAACAGACCAAGCUGAGGCCUCAAAACCCAUUUGGGGCACCCAGGGUGACUUCACCACCACCCAGCCGUUACCUGCUGUGAAGGUGAAGCUGUUCACUGAGAGCACAGGAGUGUUGGCUCUAGAAGAUAAGGAGCUGGGGAAGGUUGUGCUCCAUCCGACUCCCAACAGUCCCAAGCAGUCUGAGCUUCACAAGAUGACAGUGUCUAAAGGCUGUCCAGACAAUGACCUCAAGAUCAAACUGGCCAUUCGUAUGGAUAAACCACAGAACAUGAAGCAUUGUGGGUACCUUUGGGCCAUUGGCAAAAACGUGUGGAAAAGAUGGAAGAAAAGAUUCUUUGUGCUGGUUCAGGUGAGUCAGUACACCUUUGCUAUGUGCAGCUACAGAGAAAAGAAGGCCGAACCUGUGGAGCUCCUGCAGUUGGAUGGCUACACUGUGGACUACACUGACCCCCAGCCAGGUCUAGAUGGUGGUCGGACAUUCUUCAACGCUGUGAAAGAGGGUGACACUGUGAUCUUUGCCAGUGAUGACGAACAGGACCGGAUCUUGUGGGUGCAGGCCAUGUACCGAGCUACUGGCCAGUCACACAAACCAGUUCCUCCCACCCAAGUCCAGAAACUCAACUCAAGGGGGGGUGCAGCGCCACAGCUCGAUGCACCCAUAUCUCAGUUCUAUGCUGAUCGCGCCCAGAAGCAUGGCAUGGAUGAAUUUAUUUCAGCCAACCCCUGUAACUUUGACCAUGGCUCGCUGUUUGAGCUGGUACAGCGCCUCACUCUGGACCACAGACUCAAUGACUCCUACUCCUGCCUGGGCUGGUUCAGUCCUGGUCAAGUGUUUGUCUUAGAUGAGUAUUGUGCUCGCUACGGUGUUCGAGGCUGCCAUCGGCAUUUAUGUUACCUGAGUGAUCUGCUGGAGAGGGCGGAGAAUGGAGCCAUGAUCGACCCCACCCUGCUGCACUACAGCUUCGCCUUCUGUGCCUCCCACGUCCAUGGAAACAGGCCUGAUGGUAUUGGCACAGUGACUGUGGAAGAGAAGGAGCGCUUUGAGGAGAUCAAGGAAAGGCUACGAGUGCUUCUGGAAAACCAAAUUACACACUUCAGGUACUGUUUCCCAUUUGGACGGCCAGAGGGAGCACUGAAAGCAACGCUGUCCUUGCUUGAAAGGGUUCUGAUGAAAGAUAUUGUUACUCCAGUUCCACAAGAGGAAGUCAAGGCUGUGAUCCGUAAGUGUCUGGAGCAGGCAGCUCUGGUCAACUACCAACGCCUGUCAGAGUAUGCCAAACUAGAGGGGAAAAAGAGAGAGAUGUAUGAACAUCCUGUCUUCUGCUUGGCGUCUCAAGUGAUGGAUUUAACCAUUCAGAAUGUGGGGCGCUUAGUCACCCCUGCCAAAAAGCUGGAGGACACCAUACGCCUGGCUGAGCUGGUGAUCGAGGUGCUGCAGCAGAAUGAGGAACACCAUGCUGAGGGAAAAGAGGCCUUUGCGUGGUGGUCAGAUCUGAUGGUGGAGCAUGCCGAGACCUUCCUGUGUCUCUACUCGACUGACAUGGAUGCGGCUCUUGAAGUUCAGCCGCCCGACAGCUGGGACAGUUUCCCCCUCUUUCAGCUGCUCAAUGACUUUCUAAGAGUGGACUAUAAUCUGUGCAAUGGGAAGUUCCACAAACACCUGCAGGACCUGUAUGCCCCAUUGGUGGUACGAUAUGUUGACCUGAUGGAAUCCUCCAUUGCGCAGUCCAUUCACAGAGGUUUUGAAAGGGAAUCCUGGGAACCUGUCAAGAGUAUAACAAGCACUCUGCCCAAUGUUAACCUUCAAAUGCCUAAAGUACCAAAUUUAACAGCGCCAAGUGUUAACCUCCCACAAAUGCCCAGCUUUUCUCCUCCCAACUGGAUGACGGCCAAUUAUGACUCAGAUAAUGGCUCAGGCACAUCAGAAGAUCUCUUCUGGAAGUUGGAUGCCCUGCAGACUUUCAUCAGAGAUCUUCACUGGCCAGAGGAGGAGUUUGGCAAACACCUGGAGACGCGACUUAAGUUGAUGUCCAGUGACAUGAUCGAAUCCUGUGUAAAACGGACACGGGCAGCAUUCGAGGCCAAGCUUCAGAGGAGCAGCCGGGCCACAGAUUUCCGGGUUCCCCAGUCCAUCUGCACCAUGUUCAACGUCAUGGUGGAUGCCAAGGCCCAGUCAGCCAAGCUGUGUGCCAUGGACCUGGGGCAGGAGAGACAAUACCAUUCCCAAAUUGACAAUCUAAUUGAAGAGACGGUGAAGGAGAUGAUCACUCUGCUGGUAGCUAAGUUUGUGGUCAUUUUAGAGAGCGUAUUAGCCAAGCUCUCCAGAUAUGAUGAAGGAACACUCUUCUCGUCCUUCCUAUCUUUCACAGUGAAAGCUGCCUCAAAGUACGUGGAUGUACCUAAGCCGGGGAUGGAUGUUGCUGAUGGUUAUGUGACGUUUGUUCGCCAUUCCCAGGACAUGCUGCGUGAGAAGGUCAACGAGGAGGUGUACAUAGAGAGAUUAUUUGAUCAAUGGUACACCAGCACUAUGAACCUUGUAGGAACAUGGCUGACUGACCGCAUGGACCUGCAGCUCCACGUUUAUCAGCUUAAGAUUCUCAUCAGGAUUGUCAAGAAAAAGUACCGUGACUUCCGCCUUCAAGGAGUGCUGGACUCCACAUUGAACAGUAAGAUGUAUGAAACCGUGAGAAACCGGUUGACCUUGGAAGAAGCCACUGCUUCAGUGAGGGAAGGAGGGAUGCAAGGCAUUUCCAUGAAGGACAGCGAUGAAGAGGACAACGAUAACUAGAACAAAGGGCCUGAAAACUACUAGAAUGUGGAAGCUUUACUGCCUGAGAACACAUGCAGCCGUGAGGUCAGAACAGAUGGCCUAUCAUUCAACUUGUUCGCUGAUUUAUUUGCUUUGUCAGUUUUCCUUUCUGUAAUAAUUCCACAUUUCUGUCUGAAGUAAUACAAGAAGAGGUUCUAAACACUCGGAAGUCUGUCCUAUCAAUGAAUUUGAAAUUUCCCCUGUAGGCUCAGUAACCUUUCAUUCCUCAAAACUAGAAUUCUUGCUAACCCUAACCCUAUCAGCCAGGUACUUUACUAUACCCUACUAUAGUAUCUUAAAUCAUUACUCUCUUUAAUGAAAGCAGCUCUGCAAGAAAAGCGCUUGUGGUACAUUCAAAUGUUCCAGGCCUCUAUAUUGUGGUUCCAAGUAAAAUUGUGAAAUCGAUACAUCCAUUGAUCCAAAUGGCAUUACAACUGAAAGUAUGCUGUCGGUUUCAGGUCAGGCUGUCCAGUCCAAAACAAGAUUUAAAACGUUCAUAAAGCAUUCGCAAAACAUUCAUGAGAUAUUUCCAAAAUUAAUCUGAAUGUUCUCAAGCAAUAUGGAUGACCAUCUUGUUCCUACAUUUAUAAACAAGGCUAUGAAUUUCUUUGUGUUGUGCUAAAAAUGUGCUGUGAAUUCAGCUACUUUAUGAUGCAUUGCUGUAAAAGGUGUGACGAUGAUAUAUAUAUAUUUAUAUAUUUGGUAAUGGGUCUGCAUCAUGUCUCAACCAUAAAAUCUAAACAAAAUACUUAUGAUGAUGUGCUGUGAUAUGAUGUGACAGUAACCGUUUCUGUCUCUUCUCAGCCAGCUUUUUAAAACACAUCUGAUGUUUCUCUAAUGACUGCAAUAAUACAACACAUGAAAUUCAAGGCACUGUCUACAAAUUGGCUAAUUUUAAUAGUAUUGUGACAAAAAUUGAGAACAUCAUUCGGCAUUUAAACAUUUACACCUUAAGGAACCAUAUUGUCUCCCAUUGCUUGCCCUCAUUAUCAAUGUCGACACAAAUGUUCACUUUGGUACAUGGCUUUUUUUUUUGUUUGUUACUAACUGUGAACCAAAUAGUUGCUGUCGCAUUAGCCGUCUAGAGUCUAAAUAGAUCAAGGGUAGCAUGAGCACAAAUUCAACUCCGUGAUUAUUCUGAAUAAUGUCGUUUGUUGUGCUGUUUAACUGUAUUGUUUUAUACAGGAGUCUCCUUAUUGAUAUCAAUGGAGUAAAUAAAAUAGUAUUAAUAAAAACAUUCAGCUUGACACCACACAGGCACCACAAACUACAUCCUCCAAAAUGACCAUACAGCUGAAUCAGCGUUUCUUUAAAAAGGUUUAAAACCAAAACUGAGCUUGUGAACCUCCAUUUUAAUUAUUUAUUCAUUUUAUUUGUAAAGACUUGGACAAUAUUAAAGAAGCUGUUUGAGUCUGAGUUAACUUAGAGAUAAUUUUCACCUGAAACCAACUGCAGGUAGCAUUUUUGCAGGAUUCUUUAAUUACACUGCAUUAAUUUUAGCUAGGUUUACCCUCUAAUGAGCCAAACCCCUAACAGGAGCCCAGAGAGGCUACAAGUCAUCCAUAGUUCAGUACAGCUUGUUGGACUGAAUAUAAAAUAAAUGACAUUUAGACAUUGUUAGAAGCUUACCAGUAGUAGUUUUAAGUUUUUAAGUUUGAAAAAAAAAUCACCUUCUAGAAAGCCAUGCAGGUACACCCACAUAAAAUUUCCUAGCAAAUGCAUGUCAAAUAUCUUGCUGUGGUCCCAAGUGUUGUGUACAUGGAUAGACUACUGGCAUUGCCAUCCUUUGGACUGACAUUAUUCAACAAAACAACAGCUUGAGUAACCUUCACAUGUCAAUAUCAUCGGAUUAAUCUGCAUAAUUUUGACAAGUAAGUAAGAAAUCAGUUUGAAACUUGCACAAGGAGCUUAAUGAAACACAUGCUCAUUUUAGUCAUCUGUAAGUACAAUACUAAUUUAUCAAAAAGGAAAGCAAAUAUAUAGAACAUGUAUGGGAGAUGGUAUGUGUUUUGUGUGGUGAUAUUGAAAGAGAGAGAUUUUGAACCAAAGAGGAUGGGCAGUCUGUCUCUUACAAUAUCAUAUACAGGCUUCGAUGUAGUCACUUAUGGUAACAGUUUACUACCACUGCAAGGUUUUUCUGUUAGAGAGUGAGGCAGUUGCAUUUAUCCUUUACAAAGAAAGUGAUCCUGUGUCACUAUUUCAAUAAUCUCUCUCAAACUGCAUAUGUAUUGAAAUCAACACUAACUGCCUCUGCUCUUGCAAGCGUUUGUAUUUUGGUUUCCUCUGACUUCUCCUUUCUUUAGUUAGGGUAACAUAAUUUAUCAAGGCAAUACAUGUAUAUUUUUGUUUCACCACACUGUUUUUUUUUCACAUACAAUUCAAAUGUUCUGUUUUAAUCAAAUAUCAGUUAAAUAAUGGAGUUUGUUUGCCAUCUGUAAUUGUUGUAUGUGCCCUGUACUUCAUUCCAGGAUGUAUGAUGGGUUAUAUCUACAUUUUUAUAACGGAUGAUGGGAAGUGAAAUCUACCUGUACUUUCCCUCUGUCAGUUGUUUUCUAUACUGUACUCUUAGAGCUGUGUGUCACCCUGUGUGAAGGUACUGCAUGUCCCCAGUAUUCACUCCCCAAAGUGUUUUGUGUGAAGUUACUGGUGGGUUCACCAUGCUUCUGCCUUGUAGAAGAGCCCACCAAGGCCAAGAACAUUUAAAUAAAGGUGAAUGGCAAACGUGGAAAUUGCUUGUCACCACAGUUGUUGUUGUUGCUGUGAAUCGACUGAUUUAAUGUGAAUUCAGGACAGAAAUCAGAUGAAAAGGGCCU